AUGCCUCGGGGACAAAAGAGUAAGCUCCACACCUGUGAGAAAUGCCGUCAGGCCAGGAGUGAGACUCAGCGUCUCCAAGAUGUUCAGGUCACUGCAGGGUCUCAGAGAGCCCCAUCCACUACCACUACUUCUGCAGGUGUUUCAUGCACAAGAUAUGAUGAAGGUGCCAAGAGCCAGGAUGAAGAAAAACCAAGCAUCUCCCAGGCAUCACCCAGCACUGAUUAUUCCUGCAGAACCCCUCUAGACCAGAAGGCAAUUCUGUUGGUGCAAUUCCUGCUGCACAAGUAUAACGUGAGAGAGCCCAUUACAAAGGAAGAUAUUAUGAAGCAUGUCAUCAAAAGGUACAAGGAGCACCUCCAUGAGAUCCUCAGAAAAGCUCUGAUGCUGCUGGCCUUUGGCAUUGAUGUGAAGGAAGUCGACCCCACCAGGCACUGCUAUGCCCUUGUCAGCAAAUUCCAGCGCACCAGUGAUGAGAGGCUGAGGGGUGAGGAGAUCACGCCCAAGACCGGCCUCCUUAUGACGAUCCUCUGUGUGAUCUUCAUGAAAGGCAACUGUGCCACUGAGGAGGAUAUCUGGGAAGUACUCAAUGUGAUGGGGAUAUAUGCUGCAAAGAAGCACCUCAUGUAUGGGGACCCCAAGAAGCUCAUCACUGAAGAUUUGGUGCAGGAAAGAUACCUGGAGUACCGCCAGGUGCCCAACAGUGAUCCUCCCCACUAUGAGUUCCUGUGGGGUCCAAGAGCCUGUGCGGAAACCAGCAAGAUGAAAGUCCUUGAGUUCUUGGCUAAGAUCCACAAUACAGUCCCCAGUGCCUUCCCAUCCUGGUAUGAAGAGGCUUUGAGAGAUAAGGAAGAGAGAGCCCGAGCCAGAGCUGCAGCUAUGAUUCGCACUGGUGCCUUGGUCAGUGUACGUUCCGGGGCCAAUUUUCAGGGCAGCUUCUCCCACCUGUAG